AUGACAUCUUACGUAAAAAUUCCUUCGCAUCUUAGACCAUCUGAUCCACAAGGUCCAGAUUUAUUAACACAAGAGAGAGAAUCCGCAUCAUUCGAUGUUAAAGAACUUACAUUACUUUUAUAUGGUAUUAAAGAUUUGGAACGUUAUCAUAAAAUUUUGAAUAUAAUUGAAAAUGAUCCCGUAUUCGAUAAAACCAAUAUAUAUUUUAUGGGAAGGGAUAAAUUAUUUGAAUAUACUAUAAAAAAAGAAAAAAGAUUGGUACAAUUAAUUAAGGAAAACAAAUGGAAUGUAGAAGAACUUCAAUAUGCAGAAUGGUUCCUUGAUAUGCCAGGACCUUUUGGUGCUCAUCGAGGGAUGUUUAUACCAACUUUAAUCGGUCAUGGAACGGAAGAACAAAAGAAAAAAUUUCUUAUUCCGGCUAAAAAUUAUCAAAUCAUUGGAUGUUACGCACAAACAGAAUUAGGUCAUGGUUCCAAUGUUCAAGGAUUAGAAACUACCUCCACUUAUAUUCCAGAAACUGAUGAAUUUGAAAUACAUUCUCCUUUUUUGACUUCUUCUAAAUGGUGGAUUGGAGGUUUAGGAAGAACCGCUACCCAUGCUAUUGUUAUGGCUCAAUUGAAAAGUAAUGGAAAAGAUUAUGGUCCUCAUCCAUUUAUCGUUCAAAUUCGAGAUUUGGAAACCCAUUUACCUUUACCUGGUAUUACGAUUGGAGACAUUGGUCCUAAAUUUGGUUUUAAUGCUACUGAUAAUGGAUUUAUGUUAUUUGAACAUGUACGAAUUCCACGGUUUAAUAUGCUUUCUAAAUACUGUCAAAUUGAGAAAGCUACUGGAAAAUAUAUAAGUCCACCAAAUGAUAAGAUAAAUUAUGGUAUCAUGGUUUUGAUUCGUUCUUUAAUUGUUACAGGUGUACGUGUUACACUUGCGCGUGCUGCUACAAUUGCAAUUCGUUAUUCUGCCAUACGUAGACAAUUUAUUGAUAAAGAUGAACCAAAAAAGUUGAAAGAUGGUCGUAUAGUUGAAACUUCAGUAUUGGAUUAUACUAUGCAACAAUAUAGAUUAUUUCCUAUAAUUGCCCAAUCAUACGCGUGUUUUUUUACAUCAAAAGCUAUGAAUAAUUUAUAUACAAAAUAUAUGGAACAAAGUUCUGAUGGAAAUUAUUCUUUAUUAGCAGAUAUACAUGCUUCAAGUUCAGGAUUAAAAUCUUUAACUACUACUAUGGCAGUAGAAUCAAUUGAAGAUUGUAGAAGAGCAUGUGGAGGUCAUGGAUAUUCAAGUUUUAGUGGAUUUGUUAAAUUUUAUCAAGAUUAUUUACCGAAUACUACUUGGGAAGGUGAUAAUUAUGUUUUAACUCAACAAACUGCUCGUUAUCUCAUGAAAACUUUUCGAAAAGUAACAAAAAAUCCCAAAAAAUACGCGUCACAAAUUGGUACCAAUCCAACAAUUACUUAUAUUUUACAAUAUCUUAAUGAACCUAAUCAAAAAUGUAUGGCAACAACACCUUUAAAUUUUAAUAAUCAAGAAUUUCAAUUGAAAGCAUUUAGACAUCGUAUAGCAUAUUUACUUGCAAAUGCAGUUGAUCAAAUAGAUAAUCAAAAAAAAUCUUGGAAUUCAAUGUUGGUAGAAAUCAAUCGAAUUUCACAUGCACAUUGUCAAUAUCUUUUGGUACAAAAUUUUAUAACAGCACUUCAAUAUAAUUCACAACAACAAAUUAAUGAUGAAAGUUUAAAUAUAUUACAUAAUAGUACGUCAUUGAAAAAAGUUAUGACAUCACUAUGUAAUUUAUUCGUAUUACAUACGAUGGAAAAAGAUGUAGGAGAAUUUUUAGAAAGUGAAUAUUUAACUUCAUCACAAGCAAGAUUAUUAAGAACUCAAGUUUAUAAUUUAUUAAAAGAAAUCAGACCAAAUGCUGUUAGUUUAGUUGAUGCAUUUCUUAUUCCUGAUGCUUUAUUAAGUUCAGCACUUGGAAGAUAUGAUGGAAAAGUUUAUGAAACGAUGAUCGAUUGGGCUUCUAAAGAACCAUUAAAUGGAAUAAUCUUGAAUAUUGAUCCCAAUAAUAAUAAUACAAUACUAGAAAAAGCCAAACUUUAAAGUAUUCAGUAAUG